AUGGAAGAAAUUGAGAGUCUGCGGAAGCAGCUACGGGAAGAACAGCGCCUACGCGAAGAGGAGCAACGACGACGUGAAGAGGAGCAACGACGACGCGAAGCAGCUGAAGGUCGCGCCCUCGAGGAACAACACCAACGCGAAGAAGAGCAACGACGACGCGAAGAAGAGCAACGCCGACGCGAAGAAGCCGAAGAACGCGCGGGCGCAUCGCUACCGUUGACACUCCACCAAUAUCUUGAAACAUGCCAUUCGCUCAGCCUUGCUAUCAAAGUGGUAACCGACCGUUCUUUGACGACACAAGGGGACACGACGAAUCCGACCGGCCGAAUUUAUCCUCGACGAAUCAUCCCGUGGACCACAUUCGCAAGGGAACAAGAAAAAGUCUGGAAUCAGCUUUCCUUCAGUCCCUCCUUUUCUUCCCGAGCCGCCUUUCCAUCCCGACACCAGCUGGAUUAUGUGAGAUCCCUGCUUCGCCCGGUUAGCAGCGAGAUUGGACUCCGAAACGGCGAGCGAGACAUUGUGGAAAACGCAGUUCAGAAGCUGGUGGACGCGACGUACAACGAUUCGUUGCUGAGGAGUCAUCUCGGCCUCGAUGGAACGGUGACGUUUGAAAGCCACACGAAUCUCGGUAUUACCGAUGACUCCCUCUCCGAAUCCAUGGAGCAAGUGUCUAUUGGCUCCAGGCCACCCGACCGAACAACUCGGCGUCGAAAGGCGCGGGGGAAGGGCAACCGAGCGGAUCAGUUCUGCAUCUACCGGACCUCUGACGAUCGAAAUAUCCCUGCGGUCGCGAUCGAGUAUAAGGCACCACAUAAGUUGAGACGCGGCGAGAUCGUCACAGGGCUGGUCUCAGAGAUCCAACCGGAUCGUGAUGUGAUCAACCAGGAGGGUGAGGGAUUUCCAUUCGCAGCGAGGCGACUUACCACUGCUGUCGUGACUCAGCUCUUCUCCUACAUGAUAGGUAAAGGCAUCCAGUAUGGGUACGUAUGCACUGGGGAGGCGUAUGUUUUCCUCCACAUUCCGGACGACCCUUCCUGCGUCUACUACUCCGUCUGCGUGCCAAGCCUAGACGUUCAAGACGAUGACGAGACUCGACUCCAUCGUACUGCUGUUGCGCAAGCCUUUGCCUUUGUGCUUCAGGCCAUCCGAUCGCCGCCACCCCGUCAAUCCUGGCAUGACGCUACUGAACAUCUCGAUACAUGGUCUGUGGAGUAUGAGGACGUAUUGCGGAGCAUUCCGGCAACAGAUCGGAAGCCGCGACGCGAAACUCCUUACAAGCCGCAACGCUGGAAAGGCGAGAUGGAGGAGCAUGAUGGAAGCACAGCCUCACAAGAGGGCACCAACGUGCGACCAAACAUCCAAGACCGACCAUACUGCACGCACGAGUGUCUUCGUGGGCUCGCGUUCGGCGGCCCAAUGGAUGAGAAAUGUCCCAAUUUCACGGAUCAUGGCAAUAUGCACAUCAACCGACGCGAGUUUCUUGGUCUGACGCGGGAUCAACUAGCAGUUGAUCGCGGAAAGGAUGCUGAUUGUGUUCCGCUCUACCUAUCAGGAUCGCGUGGAUCCCUCUUCAAAUUCCGCCUGUCGUCGCAUGGCUACACGCUUGUGGCGAAAGGCGUAGAGGCCAUGGAUACCAAGCAUCUACGCUACGAAACCAAGAUAUACGAUCAUCUUCGGGACCUCCAGGGGGAGUUCGUUCCGGUCUGUCUCGGUAUCGUUGACCUCAUCAAGCCCUACUACUACGAUAGCGGCGUGUAUGAGCACUUCAUGUUCCUCAGUUAUGGCGGGGGACCAGUCUUGAAAGAACUGGGAGAAGUCAAUACAGGUGUCGCCAACGAGAUUCUCACUGCGCUCGGUCGAUUGCAUCAACACCGAGUUCUCCACCGCGAUGCAGAGCCACGCAAUGUGCUCUACGAUAAACGCACUGGUAGAUGUAUGAUCGUGGACUUGAUGCUGGCGGAGUUCCAUGCCCGACAACCUCUUGGAUCUAUCAACCUCAAUGGUCAAAGUCGAAAGAGGAAGAGGAAGUUGAUACCAUGGAAGCAUGAGAAAGACGUCUUUGCUAUCGAGAUGCAAUCUUUGCGGGCGAGUUUGUCAUAA